CACAAUUGAGGGAGUUUCAGUGUCACAACAGCUCGAGCUCAGAAAACUCCACCGUUUCUCUGGAUUUACAUUGAAAACUGCAGACGUCCAGCAAAACCAGCACAGAGAGAUGAAUUCAACACUCACAGAGUCAGACGAAGCUCUUGCUUUCCUGGAGCUGAGGAUUGUGCUGAUUGGAAGAAGCGGAGCUGGAAAGACCACAAUAGGAAACGCAAUACUGGGCGAAGAGGCGUUUAAAGAGAGCACAACGAGAGAGAGUGAGAUACGGAGAGGGAGAGUAGAAGACAGAAACAUCUCCAUCAUCGACACUCCAGGAUUCUUCAACACUCACCUGACUGAUGAAGAGCUGCAGAAUCAGAUGAAGAAGAGCCUGGAUCUCUGUUCUCCUGGACCUCAUGUGUUCCUGCUCAUCAUCAACCUGGAGAACUUCACAGACAAUGUGGGAAACACUGUCAAAACCAUACACCAGCACUUCGGGAGAUCAGCGUUCAGGUUCACGAUGGUGCUGUUCAUCGGAAAAGAAGCGAUGUCAAAAAUACAGUGGAUUGAGUUCAGACUGAGCAGGAAGGCUAGAGAACUGCUGAGCUUCUUUGAGGAGAAGUGUCACGUUAUUAUCCAUAAAAAUAAGAGGGAUAGAAAGCAGAUCGCCAGCUUGAUGGAGAACAUCGAGGAGGUGGUGAGGAAGAACAGAAGAGAGCAUUACGUUAAAGAGAUCUGCUUGAAGAGUGGUGAAGAUGAGGUGAAGAUACAACAUGUACAAGUGGAACAGAGGAUUGAGGAGAACAGGUUAGAUUUGCAUGUCGGAGAGGAUGAAAACUUUGACAAGAGUGAGCAGAAAGAGCAAACAGCUGACAAUGAUGGAGAAAAAAGCUCUUCAGGAGAAAGUGAAAUUAGCAGGAAAUUUGAAGUCAGUUUGAUCCAGGAGGAGAAGAAAGCGACGCCAGAAAACUGUUCGAUAACAGGAUCCGAUCUGAGGAUUGUUCUUCUGGGAAAAACUGGAUCAGGAAAGAGUUCAACAGGAAACACUAUUUUGGGGAAAAGCGAUGCAUUUAAAAUAAAUACGAUGAAUAAAACCUGUGAGAAACAAGAAGCAAACACAUGGGGAAGAAACAUCUCAGUAAUCGAAUCUCCAUUACUGUGUGAUCCAUCAAUGACAAGAGAACAGAUGAAGGAUGAAAUUCAGAAGUGUGUAGAGAUGUCUGCUCCUGGUCCUCAUGUGUUUCUGCUGAACAUCAGACUGGAUGAAAUAUUUACAGAAGACAAGAAAAACACAGUGAAAUGCAUUCAGGAAAACUUUGGAGAAAAAGCUGCUCGUUACACAAUCAUUCUGUUCACUCAUGCUGAUCAUCUGAAGGGAAAACCACUGAACGAGUAUAUUAGAGAAAAUAAAGAUCUCCAGGUCAUUGCUGAUGAGUUUGGUGGCAGAUUUCACUCAUUCAACAAUGAAGACGUGAAUAAUCAAACACAGGUCACUGAACUGAUGGAGAAGAUUGAGAAGAUGGUGGAGGAGAAUGGAGGAAAACACUGCAGUAUUGUGAAAAUGAGCUAUAAAAGCGAGAAAGUGAAUCAAAACUCAUUUAACUGGUGGAAAGCAGUGUUUAUUUUCUUAAUCGGGGCUUUAGCUGCUGCUGUGGUGGCUCAGAGUGGACUUGAAGGAUGAAGAACAUCUGAAAUAAAACAAACAAACUAUAUAUAUGAACAAAAUAUAUGGACAAACAGCUGGGAAAUACCAAUGCUAUCUCAUACCAUUCCUAACUUUUUCAUUUAGUGGCUAAUGCGUAUGAAUUUAUAUGAUCUCAUUUAUACAUUUUAGCUUGUUUUUCUCCUUCCCAAUGAUGAUUAGGUUUAGGGAUGGAGUUUGGUGCUGUACAUCCUUUUAAAAAUCAACAAUGAAAUCAUUUGAAUUCAUACCAAUUAGCUACCAAAAACAUAAAAUAGUCACGUUCCCUCAUGAAAUCAGGCUGGAAAUACUGAGGAGUAGCAGAUAUAGUCCAGAUCAUGGAUGUCAAACUCAAUUCCUUGAGGCCACAGCCCUGCAGAUGUAAUGUGAACGGGACGCUGACAACAGAGUUGAGGAUCUAAAUGCAGGUUUAUUAGGAGAGUGGUCAGGCAAGCAACGAUCAACAGGGUCAAACAGGUACAUACAGGUAACCCAGAGUCGUGGUCAGUAAACAGGCGUAUGGUCAAAGGCAGGCAGCAGACAGAAAUAAACAAUAAAACAAAGCAAGGGUCUGACAUGGCAAAGCAAAGCACGGAAAAUGCAUCGCAAUGCACACAGUACAAUUAAACAAGACUCAGCCUAUGAUGCGUGUGUGUGCUGUUUAAAUAGUCCUCGUAGAUCCUCCGGCUGUGUGUUUGUGUAUGUGUAAUCAAUGGAAACUGGAACAGGUGCGUGUGAGUGGUGCAUGACUGGACAUGUAGUCCAAAUAAUGGUGGAUUUGUAGUUCUAUAGCGAUCUGUGUGUUUACCAGUGAUCUGCAAGGAUUAGAUCGCUAGUGAUUGUGACAGCAUAGUUUAGUUCCAGUUCUGCUUUAACACUCCUGUUUGUAGGUUUCAAACAAGCCUAAAGCACUCAAUUAGUUUGAUCAGGUGUGUUUAAUUAGGGUUGGAAACAAACUGUGCAGAGCUGCAGCCCUCCAAGAACUGACUUUGACACCUGUGGUCCAGAUUAUUCUUUCAACAGCAGAGGAUAAGCAUAAUAAAUAUGUACAGUUGAUAAUUUUUUUAUUAGGCUGGACCUAAUGAUUGUACUGCUCAUCAAAAAUGUAUCUUUUUUGUAAUAGAUCUUUAGAGAAUGAUUGAUGAUUUCAUACUUAAAUGUAUGUUAAAUUGAUUUACUCUUUCCAGUAUUCAAGAAAAUAUUUGUAUUGUGCAUUUAGGAUUUUAAGAAUA